AUGUAUCUCAUACUCAGAGCAAGCGAUGGGCAGGCACUGAUCGUCUAUUUCGACGAGGACGCCUCGAUCUCUCUGAUACGAUGUGAAUAUAAUUUCAGACGUGGGCGUUGCCUCGGAAGUUGGGAACGAAACGGGAAGGCCCUCGCUCGGAUCAGCAGCCUAAUGGAAAAUAGCCCGAUGCCGCCUCUGAACAUGCUCCUCGGCCUCUACCAGAUCCCAGCGUGGGGAAUGAAAGAUGAUGGCCCAACGGUUCCAAUGGCUGGUUGUAGAGACAAGAAUGAGUGUAUUGCUCGAACAAACUAUCUUCGUCUCUUCCUUACAAAUGCUUCAAUUAAAGUCUUCUACAACGUUCCAAUGUCAUUUGACAAUGAAUUUUGGUUCUCGUUGAAUAUGAAAGUGACGCGAAUCACCAACCCAAUCGAAUGGAAAGGAUUUGCAAAGUUUCAAGAGUUUAUCGAUCACCUCAAGCCCACCCAGUUCAUCCACGACAAUUUUGCGCUUGAUGCGAAGAAAGAACCAGAGGAAUCUGUCGAGUUUCUGCACAGUGAAAUGGUGAUCUCGUUGGAGAUGGUCCAUAUUGAAUUGAACGUGCAAGUGCUCGACCUGCUCCAUGUUAUGGCAGCAAAGGAUUUGCUCGUUCAUACCUUUGACAGACCGGCCACUUUUGAUUGGGACUCCCUGAUGGGAUUCGUGGCGACUCGAGUGUUCGCCUGGAUGAAAGGCGUUUAUGAGAUCGAUAAAGUGCAACUCGACAUCGGGGUUAACGUUCCAGACGCGAAACUAUAUAUGCAAGAAUGGAUAUUCCAGAUAUCAGAGCAAUUGAGCCCAGAAAUGGGAUGGGUUGAUCAGACAUACGAGGGAAUCGAGCUCAUUCUCAGGGCCAGUGAUGGACAAGCCUUGAUCUUCUACUGGGAUGAGAAAAAUCGCUCGAUGUGUUUGAUAGGUUGCGAGUACAAUUUUCGACGCGGUCGAUGCAUCGGAAGUUACGAGAGAAAUGGAAAGGCGCUGGCGAGGAUCAGUGAGUUAAUGGCCAAAUCGCAACUCCUCAUCAAGCGAAAUCCUGGACGGGCCGUGGAGACGAAGGAGAAGCUGAGGGACGAGUGCAUCAAGUUCAACGACUACAACAAGGGCGCCAGAAAAAUGGACUUGAUGACGGAUGCGAUUUGGCGUCCACGAAGCCAGCGUCGCUUUCCGUGGGCCCUAUUCGUGAAAGGACUGCAUCAAAUUUUUCGGAGUCCCACUUAUCCGUUGGACAGCUCGCUGAACCAUGCCUACGAAUUCACGAAGGCCUUCGAGACCAGGGCUAGAUUGCGUCCCUCCGAGUUCGAGUGUAGUAUCUUGUUCAUGACGGACAUCAACCCGAGGCACACCAUCAAAUUCCUGUCGGAUCCAGUGAUCUGCUCGAUGGAAAAGCUGCAUAUUGGUCGACUACUGGGUCAAGUGAAAUGGCUAGACCAUUGUCGCGCGAAAGAUUUGAAGAUUGGACGCAACGAAGCCGACCAUCAGCCCGUAUUCGACUUUCUGACGCGAAAGAUUCUGAAAUGGUUGGACGGUAUGGCUGAAAUCGAGAAAAUCCAGUUCUACGACGACCGACGUGGACCUGCUGCUGCCAUUGAAUUCGAGACAUACAUCAGGACGAUUCCUUUUCUGGUGCCCUCGCAUCUUGGAUGGGUUGAUCGUACAUACGAGGGAAUGUAUCUCAUUCUCAGGGCCACUGAUGGAAAAGCGCUAUUGGCGUACUACGAUAAUGCUGGUCGCUCUUGCUAUCUGAUUGGAUGUGAAUACAAUUUCAGACGUGGCCGAUGUCUCGGUAGUUAUGAGCAAAACGGAAAAACCCUUCGUAACAUUCGAAAUUUGAUGUCCCUUUCUUCGCGUCUAUCAACACAAAAUCCGAAAUUGGCCGCCGAUGCGAAGGAGAAGCUGAAGGAGGAGUGCAUCAAGUUCAACGACUCGGAUCUGUUCGGCGGUUACGGCUUCACAACUGGCCCUCAUCGCCUCCAAUGGGCAACGCUGAAAGUGGAUCCUUCUUCCUGUACUCCAGAAGAGGCGCGUCUUCUCUACAACCUCAAUCCUUCUGCGGUGCUGAUCAAAGGCUGUGAGAGCAUGGAAAUGGCGAUUAUCUUCUCAGCUCACCUCAGACUCCUUCUCACAAAUUCUACCGUUCGAGAGUUCUACGGUCCUGAAUUUACCUACGGCAGCCAAUUCUGGAAAUCUUUGCAUAUGAAAGCGAAGCAUGUCUACUGCCUUUACCUCACCACACUUGAGGAAGUGAAGCCGAUUUUUGCGAGCUUCCAAAUGACGGGAAUGAGUUGUGGUCGGCUGUUCGACCCGCUAGUCCCGGCCGAGAGUAUCAAAUGUCUAUCCGACCCUUUGAAGCUGCAUAUUGGUCGACAUCUCGGAAAAGUCGAAUGGCUAAACACUCUUCGGGCGAAAGAUUUGAAGUUUGGACGCGCCGAAACCGAUCACCAGCCCGUAUUCGACUUUCUGAGGCGAAAAAUUUGGAGAUGGGUGGCCGGCACGGAUGAGAUCGAGAAAAUCCAGUUCUGCGACGACACCGAUCUGCCGGCUGCUAGCUUUCAAUUCGAGACAUUCAUCAAGACGAUUCCGUUCCUCGUGUGCUCGGAUUUCGGAUGGGUUGAUCGAACCUACGAGGGAAUGUAUCUCAUUCUCAGGGCCACUGAUGGACAAGCGUUGUUGGCCCACUACGAUCCCGUUGGUCGCUCUUUCUACCUUCUACGCUGCGAAUAUAAUUUCAGACGUGGUCGAUGCCUGGGUAGCUAUCAACGAAACGUCGAUUCCCUGCGCGCCAUCCGCAAUUUGAUGGCCAUCUCAUCUCGUUUGUCGCUGAAAAAUCCAAAAUUGGCCGGCGAUGCGAAGGAGAAGCUGAGAGAGGAAUGCAGCAAGUUCAACAAGUACAACAAGGGCGCUACGGAGAUGGACUUGCUGACGGAUGCGAUCUGGCGUCCGAAAGGCGAGCGUCGAUCGAUCUGGGGAAUGACGAAGAAUGGGAGGUUUAUUGAUGAUCAAGAUCUCUUAUAUCCGGUA